AAGAAGGGCGGCGGUCAGGAAGACAGCUUGCAAAGAUAUAGAUGAGUAUAAUAGUAGGUGUCGCCUGGGCAUGUAGUGCCCUAGCAAGCAAAGGACACGUGUUCCCUAGCCUUAGCUUAUAACCCAACAAACCCUAAUUUGGAUUUCUUGUAGAUGUAAAAAAUGGUAGGAAGAAGAUUAAUAACGGCGUUAUGUUCAUUUGCUAUGGUGAUGCUUUUGGUCUUCUCCCUUGCCCACCAGGUAUCAUCAUCCGAUGAUCAGAAGAAGGUUGAUAAUGGAAAUCAAUAUGCCACCCAGGUCAAUAUUGGUGGAACCAACCGAAAGCUUCUGCCUUUACAGAGUUCAUGUGAAAGUCUCUGCGAGGUUCGAUGCAGUUUGCAUUCAAGACCAAACUUGUGCAAACGAGCUUGUGGAACGUGCUGUUACCGGUGUAAGUGCGUGCCUCCUGGAACCUAUGGGAACAGGGAGAUGUGCGGCAAGUGUUACACCGACAUGAAAACCCAUGGAAACAAGAACAAGUGUCCUUGAUGAAACAAACCCUCAUCAUCUUAUCUCAUCCCAUCCCAUCCUGGAUUCUGCAUCAUCAGUCCAUCCAUCCACUUAUACUCUACUUAAUAAUAAUAAUGUAAUAAAAUCCCCUAGCCAGGACCCUGCCAAUAUCACCAGCAUGCAUACAUAUAUAUUAUCAA